AUGUCGGACGUUGAACAAUUUGCUUUUCAGGCUGAGAUCUCUCAGCUUAUGUCUAUUAUCAUCAACACUUUCUAUUCAAAUAAAGAGAUUUUUCUUCGUGAAUUGAUUUCUAAUUCUUCUGAUGCCUUGGAUAAGAUUCGUUAUGAGUCCCUCACAGACCCUUCAAAGCUCGAUAGCUGUCGCGAUCUUUAUAUUCGAAUUACCCCAGAUAAAGAAAACAAGGUUCUUACACUCCGAGAUACUGGUAUCGGAAUGACAAAGGCUGAUCUUGUAAAUAAUCUUGGUACAAUUGCUCGUUCCGGCACAAAGGCAUUUAUGGAAGCUCUUCAAUCGGGUGCCGAUAUAUCUAUGAUUGGUCAAUUUGGUGUGGGUUUCUAUUCUGCCUACCUGGUCGCUGAUCGUGUCCAGGUCAUCACGAAACAUAAUGACGACGAGCAAUAUAUCUGGGAGUCGGCGGCUGGUGGUUCAUUCACUAUCGCUCGUGAUACAGUUAACCCUCCACUCGAGCGUGGUACAGAAAUUCGACUUUACCUUAAGGAGGACCAAACGGAGUAUUUGGAAGAACGCAAAAUCAAGGAAAUUGUAAAGAAGCAUUCCGAAUUCAUUGGCUAUCCUAUUCAACUUAUCAUGAAACCACUUUGGACUCGUAACCCAGACGACAUAAAAAAUGAAGAAUACGCAGCGUUCUACAAGUCGCUGUCUAAUGAUUGGGAAGAACAUUUGGCCGUCAAACACUUUUCCGUUGAGGGUCAACUGGAAUUCCGCGCUAUCCUCUUUGUUCCACGUCGGGCUCCGUUUGAUCUCUUUGAAACAAAGAAGAAAC